CAAAGGGCGAUUUCUCGCACGCCACUCAUGUUCACCGCUACUUAAAUGCUGCUGAUCCCCCACAGGACCGUAUCAUCAACCCUUCCCAUUUAUUCCGGGAGGUGCGAACCUCCACGCGUAUGCUCCACCCAUCCUGUACCAAGGAAUCCUCAAUCAGCAUCACGGAUCUGGGCUCUCAAUGGGCUCUGCUUCCUCGUCUCUUCCUCAAGCACCAGGUCGUGUCGCGAAAGUCCGCGAACGCUGUAAGGCCAAGAACACUAAAAUAUGCUCUGGCAAGAUAUACAGCGACCCGUUGUUUAAACCCGUGCUCAAUGAAUAUGGUCAACCCAAAGUAAUCGGACCUGACAGCUACCGUAAGCACACAAGAUCAGUAGACCCCAAACUAAAUAGAUUUAAAGAUACGCAGGACUUGGAACAAAGAGAACUCCGUAUCCCAACUCUUAUGAUUGACGCAUCUCAUCAUUUUGUGCUGAUUAGGUAUACGAGACGUGAUUCCUACAAGAGGCACUCACAGCCGUCGACCGUUCACACGUGCUCGGGCACGGGUGAACGGUCAACAGCUGUGGGCGCCCUGGCGUCAUACCCAACUAGUCCGACGCAGGCCCGCCGAAGAAGAGGAGGAAGAUGAGAAAGAGGAUGUACGAAAUGUAAUCAAAUUUCACUCC